AUGAGUCAAGAAGUACCUCUCGACGUUAACUCGCACGAAUGGCUGCAGAAGACCCUCUGCUCAGCCUCCGGCAACAGCAGUCUUCGAGACUUUCAGGAUCAUCUAGGCUAUGAGAUCGCUGUCCGCAAUCAGGACGUGUUCCUUUCGGUUGCGACUGGGAGAGGGAAGAGCCUCGUCUUAUUUUCAGGCUUGAUAGCGAGUAAAGCUCGAGGAGAGGAGGCAGCAGGCAUCUUGAUAGUCCCGACAAAGGCACUCGCUGAGCAGCAUGCGGAAACUGCACGAAAGUACGGAAUUAGAAGCAUCGUCAUCAACGAAGACACCGUGCGCCCUCGUAACGGGCCUGACCCGCUUCAAGAGUUCGAGCAAGGAGACGAUGUUCGCGUGGCAGUAGUUAGCCCGCAGAUGGCUGUGUAUGGGCUCAGGAAAUUACUACUGAAGCCGAAGUUUUUGGCAAAGGUUCGAUGGCUUUUAACAGAUGAAGCACAUCUUGUCAUGAGCGACACUGUGUUUCGGUCCCACUACGAGCUGUUGUGCAAUCUCCGGGCAGUGCUCCGUCGAGAAACGGUCUGGGCGGCAGUAUCUGGAAGUGUCCCUACUGCUCUCCGCUCCUCUAUCACGCGAAAACUUGGCUUCCUGCCCGGUUACUACGUCGACGCAAGCUAUUCCCAGGAUCUACCACACGUCAAAUACAUCACUCGCUUCCUCUCGCACUCCACGACGCAAGGCACCUUUCACGAUCUCUCCUGGCUCAUCCCUCCGACAGCAAAAUCGCUCGCAGAUAUACCGCAAGCCAUUGUCUUUGUGGAUACAAUAACUCAGGAUGGACUACAGCUCGAGCGAUAUCUUGACAGUCUCCUCGACAGAUGCUUGCCGCAUGACGAGGCUAGGAAGGUCGCCGUCCGUCAAUACAACUCCAUAUUGACUCAGGCGGAGCGCACGCAGUGGGUCGAAGAUUUCAACAAUGGAACCAUACGUAUCGGCAUCGUCACAGAGAGCUUCACGUACGGCCUUGACCUCGACUUGUCUACUGCGAUCUCCCUCGGGCUCGUCAAGGACAAGAGUGUCCUCAAGCAGCGGCGUGGGCGUGUCGGCCGUCGAGGCCCCGGGAAGUUCAUCCUAUACUCCCCACGCUGGGUCUCGACUGCUGAUGAUGCAUCGCCACUCACGACUGCUAAGGCAAAGGAGGACUUCGAGAGGCGACGCCAGAUGGACCCUGACAUAUUGGCGUACUGCAAUCCCACUACAGCGCGCUGUUCCCGAGCCGUCGAUCUAGAAAUCUACGGCGAUACCUGGCCACCUGACAAGCCGUGGUCGGAGUGCUUAUGCGAGACUCACCAGCCUGGCGACAACGCUGCUCACAAUGCGCUUGUUCAGCAGUGGCUUGACUUGCUUCAGAAUGAUGAGCCCCAGCGCGCGACUGUCCGUUCCGAUGGCACGUACAAGCCUAUCAAGUCGUCCCUGCUCAAGCAGAAGCUCGUUGAACUAAUCACCAGCUGGCGCUUGACGACCUGGUACAAGAUCUCACCCGAGUCGCAACUACCGGCCCCUUUCUUCCUCCCCACGUCGAUAAUCCAAAAACUCGUCGAUAAGGCGCACGUCUGUGGCGCGGAUUAUGACGCCUUCGCAACCAUUGCUUCGGACUGGCGAUACUUGCCUCAGUACGGACGGCUGCUCUUCGAUUUUCUUCAUCAUGCAAUGGAGCAAAUCGACGAGUUGUGGUCAGAGGUUGUCAACAGUGCGGCAUUUCAGGAGGUGGAGGAAAUAGACUCCGAGUCCGACUCGUCGAGCUCAGGUCACUCCGGAUCCUCGCAACCAUUGUCAAUACCACGGACAGACUCAUCGGUGUCCUCAUCCGACUCUAGCCUCGUCUCCACCGCGUCCACCACCUCGCCUCCACCCUCUCCUUUGACUACACCUUUGGACCCCCGUCCAGACGCCCGCUUGCCCCUCGCUCCCAUCCAGCCUCCCGGACACUUGCCCAUGCGACUCAGCGAUAGGAGCACAUCAUCACAGGAGAACGACGUACCUCGUACCUUCCUCCCCUCCCGCACCUCUUCAAAGCGCCGCUCGCCGUCCAGAAGUCCGUCGACAGCGCAGAAGAAACGGAGGAUCCAAAAGAAAUAG